AUGAACCAGGAACCUUUACUCCUUGCAAAUGAUGACCAAGACCAGAUAAAGAAUAUCAGCUGUGACGUAGAGGCUCAAAAAAAGAGCUGGAUGGCUUUGAAACGAUCAAUCAAAGCUUUGGUACGAGACAUCAACCAGUCUAAUAUUCGCAAUACAGUAGCUCAACUACUUGCAUUAAACAUCAAGAGGGGAAGAGGGCUUGUUGCUCGUGAAAUCAUAAGGUGCCAACUCAGCGAUCCUGCGACAAAGGUGCCACUCUACGCGUCGCUAGUAGCAGUGCUCAAUUCCAAAGUGCCCCAAUUGGGGAAACUUUUAUGCAACCGUUUACUAUUACAAUUCAAUAAGUCGUAUCUCGCAAAUAAUUGGAAAAGAUGUCGAUUGUCGCUACUUUUCAUUUGCCAUUUGACAUUGCAGAAUGUUGUUAGCGAAAUCUUGUUGUUGCAGUUGAUCCAGCUUUUCUUGGACCGGCCGACUAAUGGGGGCAUUGAGUUGACUGUGGAGAUACUGAAAGUGUGUGGUGCGCUUUUGAUGUCCAGUUCCGCUGCAGCCACUAAUAUGAUCUUGGGCAGACUCAAGGACAUCUUGCAAGAUGAUCCUUCGGUAUCGGGCAAUUCAAAAGGCUCCAUCAAGCAUGUACUCGGAUUGGCACGAGCCGGCUUUCGGUCGCCACGGAAAACAGACGAGGCGCUGGACUUGAUCCUGGUCGACGCAAAGGACCAGGAGAAACACGACAUUGUUUUGGGAGAACCGUUGAAAUCUAGAGAUUACUUGAAUGUCUUUCGAUUUGAUCCAAAUUUCGAGGACUCUGAGAAGGAUUACCAAACAAACGUAAAACAUUUGAUAAUUGAGGCGCAAGAAGAGAAAAAGGGAGAUGAAGAGGGAGAUGGAGAGAAAGAGGAAGAGGAAAUAUCCCAAGAGAAAGGACUUGCUGCGCCUGUUCAGCCACAGGUGCAGGAAAAAGUGACCGAUAUGACGCAGUCCCAUCUCCUUGAUUUGCAAAAGCAAGUAUAUUUGACAGUAAUGUCCUCCAUGUCCGCUGACGAAGCUGUGCACAAGUUGUUAAAGUUGCAGUUUAGAGACAAACGAGCUAAACAAGACCACGCCCGGACUUUAGCAGACAUGAUCAUCAGGUGCUGCUCUCAGGAAAAGACGUAUUCAAAGUUUUUCGGUAUCAUAGGCGAGAAAUUGUGCGCGCGAAGCGAAGACUGGCAUCAACAAUUUGUGGGCCUCUUUAAAAGCUACUACGAGAGCAUCGACUCCUUUGAGACAAAGUCGUUGAGAAAUAUCGGCAAGUUUUUUGGACACUUGUUUGCUUCCGACGUCGUUGCACUCGACCAAGCUUGGGAUGAAAUACGAAUCACGGAGCAAGACACAACUCCAGCCAAACGUAUUUUACUCAAGUUUAUCUUUCAGGAAAUGGUGGAAGCAUUAGGCGUGGCCAGUGUAAAGAAGAGGCUUCUUUACGACGAGCAUGUCAAAAGGCACAUAACUGGGGUUUUCCCAGUUGUCGGCGUUGAUUGGAAUGACGCAGAUGACAUUCGAUUCUCAAUCAACUUCUUUACAGCCAUUGGUCUCGGUAUCUUGACAGAGGAGAUGCGUGACGUUUUGAAGAACUUGCCUGAGCCGGAACUUAGAGGCCGUACACGGGACCGAAGCAGCUCCCGCAGCUCUUACACUUCAGGAUCGUCUUAUUCCAGAAGCAGGUCGAGUUCGAGAUCGCGAAGCUUUUCUCGGAGCCGCUCUGCUUCCCAAAACCUGAAGAGAAGCUAA